GGACGACGGGGCCGGACCUGGACGCCAGGUCUGAGGAGCCGCACCUGCCAGGAGCACGUCCCGCCAGCCAGUCGCAGGAGCCCUGGGAGCCGCCGCCAUGGGAAUGUCGAAAUCACAGGGUUGCUUUGGUUAUCCCCUGAGCAUCUUCUUCAUUGUGGCCAAUGAGUUUUGCGAAAGAUUUUCCUACUAUGGAAUGCGAGGAAUCCUGAUUCUGUACUUCACAAAUUUCUUCAGCUGGGAUGAUAACAUGUCCACUGCCAUUUACCAUACAUUUGUGGCUCUGUGCUACCUGACGCCAAUUCUUGGAGCUCUUAUCGCUGACUCGUGGCUUGGAAAGUUCAAGACCAUUGUGUCGCUCUCCAUCGUCUACACAAUUGGACAAGCAGUCAUCUCAGUAAGCUCUAUUAAUGACCUCACAGACCACAACCACGAUGGCACUCCUGACAGCCUUCCUGUGCACGUGGCGCUGUCCAUGAUCGGCCUGGCCCUGAUAGCUCUGGGGACUGGAGGAAUCAAACCCUGCGUUUCUGCAUUUGGCGGAGAUCAGUUUGAAGAGGGCCAGGAGAAACGAAGAAACAGAUUUUUUUCCAUGUUUUACUUGGCCAUUAAUGCUGGAAGUUUGCUUUCCACGAUCAUCACUCCCAUGCUCAGAGUUCAACAAUGUGGAAUUCACAGUAAACAAGCUUGUUACCCACUGGCCUUUGGGGUUCCUGCUGCUCUCAUGGCUGUAUCCCUGAUUGUGUUUAUCCUUGGCAGUGGGAUGUACAAGAAGUUCCAGCCACAGGGCAACAUCAUGGGUAAAGUGGCCAGGUGCAUCCAUUUUGCCAUCAAAAAUAGAUUUAGGCAUCGGAGUAAGGCAUUUCCCAAGAGGGAGCACUGGCUGGACUGGGCUAAAGAGAAAUACGAUGAGCGGCUCAUCUCCCAAAUUAAGAUGGUUAUGAGGGUGAUGUUCCUGUAUAUUCCACUGCCAAUGUUCUGGGCCUUGUUUGACCAGCAGGGCUCCAGGUGGACACUGCAGGCAGCAACUAUGUCCGGGAAAAUCGGAGCUCUCGAAAUUCAGCCCGAUCAGAUGCAGACCGUGAACGCCAUCCUGAUCGUGAUCAUGGUCCCGAUCUUCGACGCUGUGCUGUAUCCUCUCAUUGCAAAAUGUGGCUUAAAUUUCACCUCUUUGAAGAAGAUGACAGUUGGCAUGUUCCUGGCGUCCUUGGCCUUUGUGGUGGCUGCCAUCGUGCAGGUGGAAAUCGAUAAAACUCUUCCGGUCUUCCCCAACGGAAACGAAAUCCAAAUUAAAGUUUUGAAUAUAGGAAACACUACCAUGAAUAUAUCUCUUCCUGGAGAGAUGGUGACACUUGACUCAUUGUCUCAAACAAAUGCAUAUAUGACUUUUGAUGUAAACAAACUGACAAGUAUAAAUAUUUCUUCUCCUGGAUCACCAGUCACUGCCGUAACUGACGACUUCAAGCAGGGCCAGCGCCACACGCUUCUAGUGUGGGCCCCCAAUCACUACCGGGUGAAUAUAUUAUUCUCUAGUUCAGUUACAAGACAGGUGGUUUUCUGUUUCAGAUUUGUAAAUACUUUUAACGAGCUCAUCACUGUCACAAUGAGUGGGAAAAUUUAUGCAAAUGUCAGCAGCAACAAUGCCAGCAACUACCAGUUUUUUCCUUCUGGCGUAAAAGGCUUCACAAUAAGUUCAACAGAGAUUCCACCACAAUGUCAACCUAAUUUCAAUACUUUCUACCUUGAAUUUGGUAGUGCUUAUACCUAUCUAGUCCGAAGGAAGAAUGGCAGCUGCCCUGAUGUGCAGUCAUUUGAAGAUAUUUCAGCCAACACAGUUAACAUGGCUCUGCAAAUCCCGCAGUAUUUUCUUCUCACCUGUGGCGAAGUGGUCUUCUCUGUCACGGGACUGGAAUUCUCAUAUUCUCAGGCUCCUUCCAACAUGAAGUCGGUGCUGCAGGCAGGAUGGCUGCUGACGGUGGCUAUUGGCAACAUCAUCGUGCUCAUUGUGGCAGGGGCAGGCCAGUUCAGCAAACAGUGGGCUGAGUACAUUCUAUUUGCUGCGUUGCUUCUGGUCGUCUGUAUAAUUUUUGCCAUCAUGGCUCGAUUCUAUACUUACAUCAACCCAGCAGAGAUCGAAGCUCAAUUUGAUGAGGAUGAAAAGAAAAAGAGCCUGGAAAACAGUAACCCAUAUAUCAUGUCGGGGGCCAACUCCCAGACAGAGAUGUGAAGGUCAGGAAGCAAGUGGAGGAUGGACUGGACCGGCAGAUGCCCUGACCUCUGCCCCCAGGUAGCAGGACACUCCAUUAGAUGGCCUCUGGUGGGGAAGACUUCAGAAUUGGAAACUAAACCAUGAAUGCUAUUUUCUUUUUUUUUCUUUUUUCUUUUUCUUUUCUUUUUCUUUUUUUUUUUUUUUUU